AUGACUACUGGCGAGCUGUCCCAUAUCAUGCAGACCUUGGUUGCCAACAAUGAGUCCUUCGCAGUCAAGUCUGGAGGACACAACCCGAACAAAUACUUUGCCAGCAUCGCCGAUGGGGCAUUGAUCUCCACAUCGCAACUCAACGAAGUGGUUUACGAUGCGGCCAGUGGUACUGUUAGAGUUGGUCCAGGCAACAAGUGGGAGGACAUCCAUAAAGUGCUCGAUCCACUCGGGGUGACUGUUGUCGGAGGAAGAAUCGGUAACGUCGGCGUCGGAGGCUACCUUCUCGGGGGCGGCUUGAGUUUCCUCAGCACCCAGUACGGAUGGGCUGCCAACAACAUCGUCUCUGUCGAGAUGGUUCUCCCCAACGGCACAAUCAUUACCGCGUCAAACACAACAAACACUGACGUGUUCGAGGCCAUCAAGGGAGGCGGGAGCAACUUCGGAAUCGUGACGACCUAUGUCCUCAAGACUUACCCGAUAGGGCAGAUCUGGGGGGGCAAUCUCGUAUUCCUCGGCGCGCAGAAGACAGAUGGAAUCCUCUCAGCGGUGCGAAACUUCACGGAGCACUAUGACGACCCCAAGGCAGGAAUCAUUGUGACGUCUGAGCUCACGCUCGGAAACUCCACAGACCUCUGGAUCCUGUUCCUCUUCUACGACGGCCCCGAGCCUCCCGCAGGCGUCUUCGACGAGUUCCUUGCACUCAAGCCGAAUGUGAACACCUGCAAGACCAGGUCUUACAGCGAUCUGCUCACGUCUAACAACGCAUUCGUCCUGAAGGGCAGCGUCUACACGAUCGGGACAGAGACAACGCCCUUGCCGCCAGCAGAUCGACCAGAUAUCAUGCGUUCGUAUUAUGACCACUGGCACAAUACUUCAGCUAAACACUCUGGUGUUUUCGGAAUGAUCGCUUCGUUGGCACUGCAGCCCCUGCCCAAGUCACUUGCCACAGUGGCCAAACAGAAAGGGGGAGAUUUGCUGGGCUUCGACGAUGACAUCGACAGGCUAAUCUUUGAGCUGGACUACUCGUAUGUGUUUGAGGACCUCGAUUCUGUCACUGUCGAUGGAGCCAUGGUGGAAGCAUAUUCAGGCCUGCAGAAACUUGUCAAUGGUGAUUAUUGGGGUCGGCUGAAGUCAGAAAAGAGCGAACUCGCAAAGAAUGCUCAAGCAAAAGCCGACCCAGCUGGUAUUAUGAAGACGCUGAGCCAGGGCUUCCACUUGUAA